AUGUUAGCGACGAGAUAUGGGUUACAAGAGACGCACAAUGUCUAUAUUGAAGAAGCGGUUGCCAUGUUCCUCGAAGUGGUGGGCCAAGAUAAGACAGUACGGGUUAUUGCACAAAGAUAUCAGCGUUCGUUAGAUACAGUCAAAAGGAAACUUGGUGAGGUUUUGAGUGCUCUCUUGAAAUUUGCUGCAGAUGCACUAAAACCAGAAGAUGGUGAGUUCACAAGAGUAUGUCCUGCUUUGAGAAAUGAUGAUCGAUACUGGCCAUUUUUUAAAGACUGUAUUGGAGCAUUGGAUGGAACUCAUAUCUCAGUCCGCCCUCCUAAGCGAAAUGCAGAAGCAUACAAGGGCAGAAAACAGGAGCCAACCAUGAAUGUCCUUGCUAUAUGUAACUUUGAUAUGAAGUUCAUAUAUGCUUAUGUGGAUGUGUCGGGUAGAGCCCAUGACACAAAGGUAUUAACUUAUUGUGCGAGGAAUGAGCCUUUUUUUCCACAUCCGCCAAAUGGAAAGUAUUAUUUGAUUGAUGCUGGAUAUCCCACAAGAACAGGGUAUCUUGGUCCGUAUCGUAGAGUUCGAUAUCAUCUCGAUCAGUUCAACAGAGGAGGACCACCAACGAACACUCGAGAGGUGUUCAACCGGAGACAUUCAAGCUUGCGAUCAGUGAUUGAGCGGACAUUUGGAGUGUGGAAAGCAAAAUGGAGAAUUCUUGACCGUAGGCAUCCAAAAUAUGGUUUGAUCAAAUGGAUAAAGCUAGUGACGGCAACGAUGGCUCUACACAACUUCAUACAAUAUCAUACUCAUGGUGAUAAUGAUGAAGAGGAAGAUGAAGAAGAAGAAGAAGAAGAUGGUGAUGGUCAUGGUGGACAUAUUCCAUAUGAGCCGGCUGGUGAUAGAGCCCUGGAAGGUUUACGUGAUCAUAUUGGGCCAUGGGUGAACAAGAAGAAGGAAGUUGACGUGGAAAUCCAGCUUCACGAAGUGGUUGCAAACAUCGAUCUGCUGGGUGAGAUUAAAGAUGGAGGAAUGUACGCGGAAGAGGAGCUGUUUCGUUUGAAGGGAAUGGAGGAAUAUUGCAAGGCUGUCGUCGAGUUGGCCGCUGUCCUGGACUGGUCUAUUUCCUACCUCGAUCUCCCUUUUCAGAGGAAUCCGUAG